AUGUCAUUGGUAUCUCCUAACAGUAAACCCACGAUUUUCAAGAAUAAUAAUAUUCUUCUAAAAAAUGACUCCAUCGAUCCACCCACCAAAUCCAAAAGUCCAACCAGAAAACCUUCCAAUGUGUCAUUAUCAGCGGCACCAUCAGCCAACAAUGCAUCAAUUUCACCAUCUAAAAGACAUUAUCUUCAACAAAUGAGUCCAAAUAUUUCCAACAGAACAGUUCAUUUGCCUAAUGAUACACCUUUAAAGCAACAAUCUUUGAAAAGAUCAUCAAUAUCUUCUUCAAAUUCUGGUGCUGGUGUUGGUGCUAGUGCAGAAGUUGCCGCUGAUUCUUCAUCGACAACAACCAUUAAACCCAUUGCAAAACCAACAUCAAAAUUUCAACGACCACAAUUACCGCCAUCAUUACGACCACCAAUUAAUGGUAGAUCCAAAACAGCAAUCUUACCUUCUCUCUCCAAAUCAACAUCGAGUUUAACAACAACUCAUUCACUGACACAAUCAUUAUCUAAUCCAUUUAUUCUACGUCGAGCCAAUUCACUCAUAAGUCAAGGUGGAUCUUCAUCAUUAUCAGAUUUACAUCAACAACAACAAUCAUCAACAACAUCUUCUGAUCGAUUUAUUCCAUCUCGAUACAAUUCAGUUACUGGUAAACUAGAUACAUCUAAUGAAGUACCAUUACCUAAUGCUGCCCCAGAAGUACAUAUUAAGGCACAAACUUCAAAAAUUUAUCAACAUCAUGUAGCUGAAGCAUGUGGAUUAGAAAUGAAUUCGAGAAUAUUAUUAUAUCAACCAUUACCACCAGAACGGAAAAAACCUGUGAAUUUAGUUCGACAAUUAUCUAAUCAAUCAUCAAGUUUAACACCAGGUGCAUCUAAUAUACCAAAUUCUCAAUUGUUUAGAACAAGUUUUUUAACUAAAUCAGGGACAUUAACACCUUCAGCUGCAGCUGCAAGAGCCAAUAAAAUACCCAAUGCUCCAGAAAGAGUUCUUGAUGCUCCUGGGUUAAUUGAUGAUUUUUAUUUGAAUUUAUUAGCAUGGUCUCUGACAAAUUUAUUAGCCAUUGGGUUAGAAGAUGCAGUUUAUGUAUGGAAUGCAUCUACUGGAUCUGUUGGACUUUUAUGUGAACUUGCCGAUAAAACUUUGGUAACAUCAUUAAGAUGGUCACAAGAUGGUUCAUAUAUUUCUAUUGGUAAAGAUGAUGGAUUAAUUGAGAUUUGGGAUAUUGAAUCAAAUAGUAAAUUACGAACAUUGAAUUGUGAUAAUCAUUUAACUCGAAUUGCUCUGCAAAGUUGGAAUCAACAUGUUUUAACUAGUGGAUCAAGAAUGGGUCAUAUUUAUUUUUCUGAUGUUAGAGUGGCUAAUCAUUUAGUUAAUAAAAAUCAAGAAGCUCAUUCUGCAGAAAUUUGUGGUAUUGAAUAUCGUCCUGUUGGAACCACCACCACCACUACUACUCCUACUAGUAUUAAUGAUUCAUUACAAUUUGCAAGUGGUGGGAAUGAUAAUUUAGUAUGCAUUUGGGAUGCGAGAAAUGUUACUACACCAAUAUUUUCAAAAUCUAAUCAUAAAGCUGCUGUUAAAGCAUUAUCUUGGUGUCCUUAUCAAUCAACAUUAUUAGCGACUGGUGGUGGAUCUACUGAUAAAACAAUUAAUUUCUGGAAUACCACCACUGGAGCUAGAGUAAAUACCAUUGAAACUGGUUCACAAAUAUCUUCAUUAAAUUGGGGGUAUGCUAAUGGUACUGGAUUAGAAAUUGUGGCAACUCAUGGAUUCCCUAGUAAUAGUAUUUCUUUAUUUAAUUAUCCAACGUUACAAAAAACUGGUGAGAUAAUUAAUGCUCAUGAUACAAGAAUAUUAAAUGGUUGUUUAUCUCCUGAUAAUCUUACUUUAGCAACUGUUGCUGGUGAUGAAAAUUUGAAAUUUUGGUCAUUAUUUGAUCUUUAUAAAAAUAAUAAACGGGAUUAUAAUCAUUUACGUCAUGGUCAAGAUCGUGAUAAUGAUUAUGAUGAUGAUGAUGGUGUCAGUGAUGUUAAUGGAUUAAAUAAUGAUGAUAAUGAUGGUGGUGGUCAUGAUAGUAAAAGAAUUAAAAAAAUGAUGAACCUUAGAUGA